GGCUUCCUCAUGGAACUAGGACCUAUUCAACGCCACGAUAAUAUUUCCUGCCCGAAUCCAUUUCCGGGACGGACAGAUUGAAUCGCUCAACGUUGUCGGUUAGUUGCCUUUUAGGUGUCAAAAUGCCCAAAAAGAAGACGGGUGCCCGUAAAAAGGCGGAGAAUCGAAAGGAACGAGAGAAACAGAGCCGAGCCAACCGGGACCAGGUGGACUUGGCCAAACAUCCUUGCAAUGCCAACAUGGACUGUGAUAAAUGUCAGAGAAAACAGAAGAACAGAGCCUUCUGUUACUUUUGUAAUGUUGUGCAGAAACUUCCCACAUGUGCACAAUGCGGCAAAAUAAAGUGCAUGAAGACUUCAGACUGUGUCAUCAAACACCCUGGGAUCUACAGCACCGGGAUGGGCAUGGUGGGGGCAGUGUGUGACUUCUGUGAAGCGUGGGUGUGCCACAGCAGGAAAUGCUUGAGCACCCACGCCUGCGUGUGUCCCCUGACGGAAGCCGACUGCAUCGAGUGUGAACGCGGCGUGUGGGAUCACGGAGGGCGUAUUUUCCGCUGCUCCUUCUGUCAAAACUUCUUGUGCGAGGAUGAUCAAUUCGAACACCAGGCCAGCUGCCAAGUCCUUCAAGCCGAAACAUACAAAUGCGUUUCCUGCAACAGACUGGGCCAGCACUCAUGCCUGCGCUGUAAGUCCUGCUACUGUGACGACCACGCCAAGAGCAAAGUGUUCAAGCAAGAGAAGGGGAAGGCACCGCCGUGUCCAAAGUGUGGCCACGAGACCCAAGAGACCAAAGACCUCAGCAUGUCCACGCGCACGUUGAAGUUCGGACGCCAGACUGGCGCUGACGAGGACGAGGACGACUAUGGCGCGUCCGGCUACGACUCAUACUGGAAGAACAUCGCAUCCGGAGGUGGAGGACGCAAUUACGAUGACGACGACGAAGAUGACGACUAUGAGGACGAUGAUGAUGAUGAUGACGAAGAGGAAGACGACGAUGAAGAGGAGGACGAGGGUGAAGAAAAAAUGGCUGCUCUUAAAUUAGACGGAGCGGCCAAAAUCUGAAAUGGAACAACAAGGUUUUAUUGACAGUCAGGUGGCGCUUUUCUUCCCCCACCUCAAACAUUUUACAACUUUUUAUUGACUUCACUGUCAAAAUAUUGAUGAAAAUAUAAUUUGCGAGCACAGUACAACUCCCGAAUAAUAAAAAAGAAAAAAAAAAAAAGAAAUGGUCAAAAAAACUAACCAAUAGUGCAUGGGUGUCGAACUCAUUUUUGUCCUGGGCCAGAUUGUAUGUACCGUUUCCCUCAGAGGGCCGUUAUGACUGUGAAACCGUAUAAAUGGUUCAUCUCCUCGUGUUACAUAUGUUCACCAUAAAUUGAUGAUUAUCUAUUUAUGAAAUCAGAAGUCAAGGACAAUACUUGGUCAACUGUUCAAGUUACUGUAAAAGGGUUUGAUAACAAAAAAAAUGCUGUUUAUUUUUUGUGUUACUUUAUUUAUUAUCGCUGGUGUCGGGUGCAAACCUUGCAUCUCCCAAACCAUGACUUUUUAGGACAACCCCCCCCCCCCCCAAAAAAAACGACAUAUAUAUGUUGAGCCAUUAAUAUUGCAUCAUCAAGAGAGUAAGCCAUUUUCAACACUUUUUAAUUGGUCAAAUGCCAGUAUAACAUACCCACAUGGGGACUAACCAAUAGUAUUGAUUAGUGAAAAAAAUAUGAACUUGCCCAAAUUCGGACAGUUUCAGCCCCGCGCCAGCUAUAUAAUGAUUUGAAAUGUUGGUAAAAAUUUGAGCAAGAAUCAUGGAAGUUGACGCACAUGACUUGCUUUUGCAGGAACAAAAUGAUUGUGGCGGGCCGGAUCUGGCCCUCGGGCUUUAAGUUCGACACCCGCGCAAUAGUGUGUUUGCUGGUAAGCCGAAUAAUAUUUCUGGAAAGCAAAAAAUAUAUUCAUUACACUACAUUCGCCCACUGUUUCAUUAGGUGCAAAUGCACACACCUAAUCAGAGCAACAACAAACGAAACAUGCACAAAGUGAAUAGAAAAAGUCUUCACACCCCUGUUUGAAUGCCAGGGUUUUGUGAUAUUAAAAAUGACCCCCCACCCCAAAAAAAAAAAAAAAAAUCAGUCUGACCUACAACCUUUUCAACUCAGUAAAAAAAAAAAAAAUAUAAAAUAAAACGCUGAGAUAAUGUGCUAGUGCAAGUUUGCAAAACCCUCAAACCCCCAUGUGGCGGUGUUCAGAAUGAACCAAUCACAUGGAAACUCACGUUAAAUGGGAGUCAGCACACACCUGCCACCAUUUGAAGUGCCUCUGAUUAUCUCCAAAU